UUAACUUAUAACCAGCAUUAAUAAUUAAAUCGUAGAUAUCAGUUUCGUAAAAAUUUUAAUAAAAUAAUUAUAAUAUUGUUUCAGACAUGUGACCGCAAAAUGGGGCACCAUAUUGCUUGGUUGAGAAAUCAAAUGCAGAGUUUCCUGUGGAAAAUUGAUACAAAAAUCUGAGCACAGCAUGGUGAGGGACUAGUUUAAAAUGGAUCUCAAUUUCGUUUCGCCUACGUAUGCGGCGCUGGAUUUUAAUGAAACCACAGUGGAAUAUGAAGACGCCGAGGACCCGGAUGCGGUCACUUUGCUAUCUAUAUUACUUGUCGGCAUAUUCCUUUCACUACUGAUAUUCGUUAGUGCAGCCGGCAACAUCUUAGUCUGUAUAGCGAUAUAUACAGACAGGGGGCUAAGAAGAAUUGGAAACCUGUUCCUAGCAUCGCUGGCAAUUGCUGAUAUGUUGGUCGCCGCGGCUGUUAUGACUUUCGCUGGAGUCAAUGAUUUACUAGGAUAUUGGGUGUUCGGUGAACAGUUCUGCGACACAUGGGUCGCUUGUGACGUCAUGUGUUCUACGGCCUCCAUAUUAAACCUCUGCGCUAUAUCCCUCGACCGAUAUAUACAUAUUAAGGAUCCACUCAGAUAUGGUCGCUGGGUUACAAGAAAAGUGGCGAUAGUAACGAUAGCUUUGAUCUGGUUACUGGCUGUGUUAGUCAGUUUCCUACCAAUAUCGUUGGGUUUACAUCGCCCGCCGACUGAGACGACUGCUCCUACCGACCAUCCAUCACACCCGACCUGCGCUCUGGUGCUAACACCUACUUACGCCGUGGUUUCAAGUUGUAUAUCGUUUAUACUACCAUGCAUUGUUAUGAUUAGUAUUUACUGCAGAUUAUACUGCUACGCCCAGAAGCACGUCAAAUCUAUCCGAGCUGUUACAAGGACGGUACAGUUGCCGGAUAAUCGGACGAAAUCUGUCCGUACGCGCGUUCACACACAUGUCCACUCGUCACCCUACCACGUUUCGGACCACAAGGCUGCUAUCACCGUUGGCAUUAUUAUGGGAGUGUUCCUGCUCUGUUGGGUGCCAUUCUUUUGCGUCAAUAUCGUCGCUGCAUUCUGCAAAACCUGUAUACCAGAUCUUGCGUUCAAAAUCCUCACAUGGCUCGGCUAUUCGAAUUCCGCCUUCAACCCAAUCAUUUACUCCAUAUUCAACACAGAAUUCCGGGAGGCGUUCAAAAAAAUUCUCACGUCCAAAUAUCCGCCUUGCUGCGGUUACCAAACGGUAAGAGCUCACACACCGACUAGGAAUGACAAUUUCGUUACGGAUUAUGGUACGAAAACUUUGGUUGUACGGAGGAGUGGUUCACUUGGGCUAUCAGGUGUCGAUCCAACCCCAAGAUCCUCGGCUGAAUCAGUGAAACCCUUAAGGGACUACCACAUUUGACAUGAAGGUGGGAGUAGCAACAACGGGCUACUCGAUAAAAGUGAUGUCGUGUAAAGACUGCUUUAUAAUUUUAGUUCUCUUAGUUGCGUACACAUAUCAGCUAGCUAAUACAUAAAUGUUAGUGCUUUUGGUAGAUAUUGUUAAAAAUAUAUGCAAUAUUAGAACUACAUAGUAAAAAACUUAACGCUAAUUAUUAUUUUCCAGUAAUGCGAUCAUACUAUUACGUUAAGUUGUUCGCUAAAUACAUUUAUUGUUCUAUUUUUGUCAAAAAUUUAAUAUUCCUGUGAUACUUUAAAUAAAUGAAAGUUUUAUAAUGCUAUGUAUAUUGUAUAUAAUUUAUAAUAGAGCUUAAUUUAUACUCAUUUUCUUUCCUACUGAAGAUAUCAGUAUUACAAAUAUAUUAUUAGUAAGUAUUUAUAAACAUAUUCUCUUAAGUAGCAGAUUUAAAUUAAAUAUAAAUUAUUAUUGUGUAUUCCUUAUAGCGAUUAGAGAAAAUAUUUUCGGUAAAGCAAUAAUAUAUAAGGUAUUUGACAUUUUGAAAAUCUACGAGUAUACAUAGUACUUUCGAACUCUAUUACUAUUCCCAAUAAGUUUCGAUUCACGUAAUUUUCCGUUACAUUCUUGAUAUAAUUUAAAAUUUACAUUUUAUAUUUAGUUUUUAUAAAUUAUAUAAUUGUCUGGUAAAAUAUUUUUUUAGAGUCUAAUGUUUGCUUUAUCUCCUGAAUAAACAUACUCCAACAGUUUUCCAAUAAUGAAAAAGGAGUGUAUAAAUAAAAAACAUAUUAAUGAAUAUCUCCCGUGGAAUUCAUUUCACCCUUUAAUCUUAUUAGUUUAGAUGAGGGAUCACCUGCCAACUUUCCGCUAAUUAAAUAAGGUAUCCCUAUUCAAGUUACGAUAGGGUUUAUAGAUUUAAUAAAAUAGUCUUUAUUUUUUUUUCGUGUAAUAUCUAAUAAACUUAUCGAAUAAAUUAAUUAAAGAAAAUCCAGAAUGGUAUUUCAUUAAGAUUGUAAUAAUGGAUACGUUUUUUACGUCAACUCUACGCAACAGGUUAUCAAAGGAAAUAGAAGUGGUUCUUUCCUUUAAAAAUAGUAUAUUUUUUUAAUUAUAUAAAUAUCUUAUUAUAAAAUGUCAUUGCUUUAACCUUGGAAUUUAAUUGGAAGUCCAAAAUUUCCUUAUGUUUCGGAUAUUACCAAAAAAAG